CAGGAAGAGGUCAGAAGAAAACAGUAGGAGGCAGGGGGAGCAGUCUCUGUCUCCGUCUCUGCCCUUUGAAAUAGAAGGGUAUUCCUUUCCUCCCUCAGUCCCCACCCAGUGAAGGAAUAGGAAAAUCCGUGAGAUUUCCUGAAGGAAGACAACACACCCUUCCUUGGCAAUUUCUAUUGGCACAGUGAACUUGAAACUUUUCUUUCCCUAUGAGUUGGAGUUGGAAGGAAGCGACCUAGGACAUUGACCUUGUUCAUCUGACACAGGCCCGACCUGGGACAUUCUCCACUUCCCUUGGCUUCCCCUCUGGGAGCCCCUUUCACCACCCCUGCACCUUGCUUCGGGCGAUGCCCGAGAGGGAGCUGUGGCCAGCGGGGCCUGGCUCGGAACCCGUGACCCGCGUCAGCAGCUGCGACAGCAUGAUGAGUACCACCUCCACCCGCUCUGGAUCUAGUGACAGCAGCUACGAUUUCUUGUCCGCUGAAGAGAAGGAGUGUCUGCUCUUCCUGGAGGAAACCAUUGGCUCCCUGGACACUGAGGCUGACAGCGGACUGUCCACUGACGAGUCUGAGCAACCCGUGACUCCCCGAGGUCCUCGAGCACUGCCCACAGCCCAGCCUGCCCCUCAGGGACAUCCAGAGGAGACAACUGUUCGGCAAGGACCAGUGCCGAGGAGAGUGACUCUGUCCAGCUCAUCUCAUCCACCGGAGCCCCAAAGCCUGGGCCUCAGGUCUGGCUCCUACAGUCUCCCCAGAAACAUCCACAUCAGCCAAAACCAGAACCUCAGGAAAGGCACCACCCAGACUAACAGUCGCAUCCCGAGGGGAUCUAAGGGGCUUGUCCCAGGGCCUGAGAAAGAGCAGGUCAGCGAGAGCAGUGAGCCCCACCAGGCACCAGCCAGCCCCCAGGACGCUGCCCUUGAUCUGGACGGGCCACUCAUCCCCCCACCAGAAGCUUUCCGGGACACCCAGCCACAGCAGUGUGGGCAAGGCAACCUGGCCAGAAGGCCAGGGGUGCUGAGGCACACGCCCCAACUCCCCACCUCACUUGGGCCCCAGAAGAAAGGGGACACUGCUUCAGAGGCCAUGUCCCAAAAAGCCAAUGAGAAAGGCUCCACCAGGGGCCCAGGACAACCUCGGUCUCCUCCCCCCGUGUUCUCUCAGAAUGCGAGAGCUGAAGAUGCUCCCGUCCCAUCAUGGGGGGACCCAAAUACCCAACUGGCCCCCGUCACAGCCCCUAAGCCCCGGAAACUGCCGCCAAAUAUUGUUCUGAAGAGCAGCCGAAGCAGUUUCCACAGUGAUCCCCAGAACCGGCUGUCCCGCCACUCUGAGGCUGCUCCUGGAGACUCUGGGCCGGCCCCAUCGUCGCUGCAGGAGCAGAGGAAAGCACGCAGAGAAGCCCUGGAGAAGCUGGGGCUACCCCAGGACCAAGAUGAGCCCAGCCCUCACUUAAGCAGACCCUCUGUCAGACUCAAGGAGACUCGCGCUCCAGCCCCCUCCCCAGCUCCAGCUCAGGUCUCAGCAGCUAUGCCUGCAGCAGGAAAGGCUCUGGCUCCCGCAUCUACACAGGGGCCUUCUUUGGGGAAGGCACCAGUUCCAGCUCAGCAGUCUUCUCCAGGCAAGGUUUUGAUUCCUGCCCAGGAACCCACUUCAGGGAAAGUUCCAGCUGCCAAAUCCAUGCCAAUUCCCAUCCCUAAGGCCCCACGGGCCAAUAGUCCCCUGACUCAGCGGAAGCCAGACUCAGGGCUGACUCUCCAGGAGAGCAGCAUCCCUGGCCUGAGACAGAUGAACUUCAAGUCCAACACGCUGGAGCGUUCAGGUGUGGGGCUGAGCAGCUACCUCUCAGCUGAGAAAGAGCCCAGCCCCCAAACCAGCGCCUCUCUGGGAAAAAGCUCCUUCUUAGACAGGAUCCCGCCCAACGUCUUGCGCAAUUCCCGGCCCCGCCCUGCCUCCCUGGGCAGAAAGGACUUCGAGGGUAUCCAGGUGGGCAAGCUGGCCGAUCUGGAGCAGGAGCAGAGCUCCAAGCGCCUGUCUUACCAAGGACAGAGCCGUGACAAGCUGCCUCGACCCGCCUGUGUCAGUGUCAAGAUCUCCCCGAAAGGCGUGUCUGAUGAGCACAGAAGGGAGGCUCUGAAGAAGCUGGGGCUCUUGAAGGAGUAGGCGCUGGACACCCGCACCGCCACCCAACCCCCUCCCUCACCCGCUUGUGCAAGAAGAGACCCCGGGCUCCACUGAGCCUUCCUCCCCUCCUCACAGCUCAGGGGCUGGACAGGGAUCGGCUUCUUCCAACGUCCUGUUCCCUCUGAGGGAGCGAGUGGAGCAUACGUUUAUCUUCAGAGUGGUCGUGCCAACAAGUGCCUACAUGAAUCGUCCUGAGGAUGGUUUCCACAGGCGGGUGUGUGCGUGUGUGGUGUGUGUGGUGUGUGUGUGUGUGUGUUAUAACCUGUAUAUAUCACUGAAGAUAUUUAUAUGACAAAGAAUCAUUGCUCAAUUCCGCUUACAUUGGAUCUUUUCUUAUAUGGGGUAGAUAGAGUUCAGCCUAACCGGAACAGAGGGGUAGCCAUGCCUGUGAAAACAUGGCAAGUGACACAAUGGAGGCACCAGUGGCAUUAAGCAAAUGCAAGGUCAUGUGACCUGCGGGUCUCCGAGAAUCCCUGCAGUAGUGGAUGGAGACUGGUUCCUGCCUUGCUGGAUUCCCCGCUCAGGUCUGCCCUUCAGGACAGGGCCCUGGGGCCCAGAAGUGUUGCUUCCUCCUCCUUGUCUCUAGUCUCAAGGAUCAGACACAUCCCUGUACCUGACAACUCUUGGUUGACUGAUACCAGGAGAGUUCUCGUUGGUCCGAGAAGGCAGGAGAAGUGUCCACAUGGCACACCUCCACCCGAGAGAGCCUCAUCCUUGGGCUUCUUAAAUUCAGUAAUAAACUAUGGUGGUCCCUGACUCUGAUGUUGCCAUUCUUCCUGUUGCCAAUCUCAGUUUGCAUGUGACUGACCCCCGGGCUGCACCAGCAGUGGGACGGCAGCUCAAGCCCAGAGGCUUUACACAAUGCCAAGAAACUGUUGCAGGCCUUGUCCACACGAUGGCAAGUUGUUUUUUGAUUUCAUCAGUGCCUAUGGAAAAUCAGCCCAAUACAUUCUCUGCUAACUAUUCAUAGAUUAGCAGAGCUGGGAGGGGCCUUGGAGAUGCCCAGUUCAACCCUGUUGGGGAAGAGAAGUGACUCAUCAUCGUCGCUCUGCUGUUUAGUAACAGCUGCCUCCCCCCCACACACCCAUGGUUCCCUUCUCACACUGCAUGCCCUUCCCUUAAAGCAGUGCCUUCUUCUAUCCACAGAGCACCCUAAGGAUCGGUAGUCCUUAGCAAAGGUCCAACCUGAAAGCUCUUUGAGAUCCUAAAGUGCCUUCUGAAACGUCAGAGGUUAAACGUUCAGGACGCUAUUUUGUGUUUUUUUAUUAAAUUGGGAAAAGCA